GUCAGUUCAUCAGUAGAUGUGUCUCAGAGUGUUGAGGAGGACCCUUUAGUGGACGGACCGCUGAUUUCCCAUGAUGCCUUGCAGUCUGCUAUCAGGAGAGAAUUCACGACUCUCCCCACGCACUGUUCUGCUGUCCUGCUACUGCUGCUCCAGGUGGUGUAUGUGUCUCUGAGUGUGUGUGUUGCCGUAGUGUGUGUGUUUGAGGUUGGCCGGGAGGAGUGUGUGUGUGUGUUGGGUAAUGUUCGGGGGCAGAGUGUGGUGGUGAUUGGGAAGGUGUUUGUGUGGCUGUGUGUGUUGUUGUUUGGUGUGUGUGUUCAGCAUCACCACAGCCGAGUGAGGAGCAGAGGAUACCUCCGUUUCUACAGAGACAACCGCACCCUGAAACACCUGCCCUUCCUCAUCCACUCUGCAGUUGAAUGUGUUACAGCAGGUCCACCUCCUAACCCUAACAUCCUGAACACGGCGGUGUUGGUGGUCAUGUCAGCUGAUCUGCCAGAUCAUCUUCCUGUUUAUCUGCUGCUAGGGAUUCUGGGACUGGAGCUCCUGGUCUCUCUGCCUUAUCUGAUCAUCUACACAGUCCCCUCCCCCUAG